AUGUUCAUAACCGCGCAUCGAGGCAACUUUGUUCACUUUAAGAAGAAGAACAACAACAACUCCGGUCGAGGAGGAGCAGCAGUAGCGGCGAAUAAUAGUAACAGUAAUAGUGAUAAGAACAGCAAUAGUAAUAAGAAGAACUCUAAGAAAAUCUCCAUCGAGAAGUUAAUACAGAAGCGAAAAGAGAAUAACUUCCGAGGGGAUUCGAGGACAACUUCCGAGGAGGAAAUUCAUCAGCAGCUUCAGCGAAAAGAACGCGAGUAUUUCCGAAGAAGACAAGGACGAUAUUACGAUCUCUCGCUGAGACUUUGGGUGAAUAAACAACCUCACGACCAUUAUUUACAUCAAAUGUACGAAAAGUUAGACCGAGACAUCGAACGGUUGGUCGUGUCUAAAGACGAAGAGAAGAAAGAGAAGCACGUGAAAUACGUGACGGAUUGGUUGACGGCGCUGGCGAAAGUUCCGGUCGAGCGUUACUUACCGGCUGGGUUGUAUUUACGAGGCGGAGGAGUUCACGUGCCGGAGGAUGUGAAGAGGCAAGUGGAUUUGAACGCGUUUUACGGGGAUAAGUUGAUAACGUCCGUGUUGCUCGACAAGAUUCGCAAAGCGGACGGGAAAUACGGGGCGAAUCGAGCGCCGAGGAAUAAGAUGGAAGCGAAUAAUUUUCUUUCGGCGUGCGUGAGAAAUAAAACUUUCGCAGAGUUAGCGCCGGAUAUUUUACCGGACGUGAAGAUUACCGCGGAGGAGUGGCGACAUCACGAGCACGUGGCCGGGACGGCGGUGGAAGCGGCGAUUAUAGCCGUCGCAGAUUUAUCGAACGAUACUUUGAGACAAGCGCAGAAGGACGUCGCGAUCGAUGCGGUGGCGAAUUUGAUAUUAGAGGAAGGGAUGAAAUUCGCGAAGAGCGACGUGAAACCGGCGAGAGCGAAAUUUAACGAUACGCUGUGUUUGUAUACGGUGAAGUUGUUGUCGAGGAGCGUGACUGGAUUAGUGCACGAUCCAAAAUUUAUAGGAACGGCGAGAGUGACCCACAGAAGAUUGUAUUUAGGAGAUCAAAAGAAGAGGUAUAAGAACGUACCUUUGGAAUUCGGUACAAUUGAAGUAGAAGCGGAAGGGACGAGCAGCGACAACGCGAAAGAGGCGGCGAGCGUGCAGAUUUUGGAGUUGAUGAAAAAGCUAGGAUUAGUAGACGAGGAGUAUCAAGCGAUAUACGUGUCAGACAUUAAGCCCGCGUUGAAUUUAUGGAAGGAGCACAGGAGGAACGAGGGGAAAAAGAAAAAAGAAGACGGAGUAAAGGAGGAGUACGAGGAAGACGACGAUGCGCGAGAAAAGCAGCGUCGUAAGAUUUAG